GUGAAUCUAUGAGAGGUACAGACAUUUCACCUAAAUCGAGUCUGGACAGGAUUUCCUCUAUUGGUGAAAGAGCAGCAGAAACAUCUUCUAGAGAAGUGAUGUAUAUGGAGGAGAUGCAUGAAGCAUCAAUGGCAGAACUACCAGGGCCUCCAGCUGCUGUUGGAGCUAUUUUACAAACAGUGUCUGCUAGAUGUUCACAAAGUCACAUGGCAGAAAGAUUCCCCUCGGAAACAGUAGUAGAGAGAUACACAUCUUCCAGUGUUCCUCCUAGGGUUUCUCCGCAAACAUCUGUGAGCUCAGCUACAGGCUUGUCAUCCAAGUUCAGUCUGGCCAGCGUUCCCUCUGUGUCUCUCAGCGAUGGUGCAACAGAACCAGCUCAGAUAGACAACGAAACACUGUCAUUGGAGGAGCUUAUGACGUCUCCAUUGUAUUCUCAUUGGUCACCAGCCGGUUCGGAAAGUGACUCAUUAGGCUUAAGAGGAGCUCCCUCUGAAACAGCAGUGGAUGGAGCACAAAGAGGGUUCUUGGUAAGGAGACCCAGUAGAGAGGUGUGUGUGACGAGAACAGCAGAGACACCAGAGAGAGACACAUCUCCCAGUGUUUCUCCACAGACUUCGUUUACAGGUGUUGUUUCUGAUGGGACAGUUUUCUACAGAGAUUCAUCUGUGGGAGAAUUACAUCUUUCUCCAUCUUUUGGCGAGGAACUUGUGGUGGAGGCUUACAAAGUACCAUCACCCGAGAAGGAGACUCCAUCUGCUUCAGUUGGUGGACCUUCAUCAGUAGUGUCUGCAAGAUAUACUGGAAGUGGUUUAACAAGAAGAGCUUUCUCUGAAAAAGAAGUAACGAGACCAGAGACACCAGAUAGACACACGUCUCCCAGACUUUCAGCUAGAGUUUCUCCACAGUCCAGUCUGACCAGGAUUUCCUCUGCACCAUCAAUGGAGGAGCCACGGAUGUCUCCAACUGCUUCUGUUGGUAGACUUUCACCAGCAGUGUCUUCUGUAAGAUAUUCUGGAAGGGGUUUAUCAGGAAGAGCUUUCUCUGAAACAGAACUAGUUGAUGCAGCACACAGUGCUCCCUCAGUCAGGAUACCCAACAGAGAGGAGAGUGUGAGGAGAAGAGCAGAGACACCAGAGAGAGACACAUCUCCCAGAGUGUUUCCUAGAUCUUCGCAAAGAGUUUCUCCACAAACCUCUCUCCUAUCAGCUCAUGCUGGUGAAUCUCUGUCUAGUACAGAUAUUUCUCCACAAUUCAGUCUGCCUAGGAUUCCCUUUGCACCAUCAAUGGACAGACCCACAUCUCCCAUAGUUUCUCAAAGAGUUUCUCUACAAUCCAGUCUGUCCAGAAUUCCAUCUGCACCAUCAAUGGAGGAGCUACUGGUUUCUCCAUCUACUCCUGUUGGAAGAAUGUCACCAGCAGUUUCAAGAAGAUCUUCAAAAAGUAGUUUAUCAGAAAAAGCUCCUUCUGAAACAAUCAUAAGAUAUUCUGAAAGUUGUUUAUCAGGAAGAGCUUUCUCUGAAACAAAACUAGUUGAUGCAGCACACAGUGUCCCCUCAGUCAGGAUACCCAGUAGAGAGGAGAGUGUGAGGACAAGAAGAGCAGAGACACACACAUCUCCCAGAGUUUCUCCUAGAAUGUCUCCCAGAACUUCUCCUCGAUCCAGUCUGGCCAGGAUUCCAUCAGCCCCAUCAAUGGAGGAGCCACUGGUGUCUUCAACUGCUUCUGUUUGCAGGAUUCCACCUGCAGCAACAGUGGAAGCAGCAAACAGAGGAGAGAGUGUAGCGAGAACAGCAGAGGCACCAGAGAGUCACACAACUCACAGGGUUUCUUUCAGAAUAUAUCCACAGACAUCUAAGACAGGCGUCCUUUCUGAUGUGGCAGUUUUGCACAGACCAUCCAUGACUGCAGGGCUUUGUCUUGAGGUUUUAGACACGGAGUCUGACCAGGUGAAUACGUCGGUGAGUGACAUCACGGCACAAUUUCCCUCUGACACUGCUGCAAUGAAGACAGUACACAGAGAGUCCUCAGGGAGGAUACCCAGUAGAGAGGAGGUUGUGAGAAGAACAGCAGAAACGCAAACAUCUCAUGCAAAUGUAUUGGACAACAGCACACAGGUUUCACAAACUGAAAUCCGCCUUUGUGAAGAGGUGAGUGCCUACCCUAUAGAAGUGCAGCAGAGGACCCUGGGACUUGAAGUUUAUCUAGGAGCAUCUCCAGCCAAUGUUGUUGGGCCUCAAAACACGAGAACUCAAAACACACGUUCACAGGGUGUGCAGACUAGUCGAGAUUAUCAUGGCACGCCCUCACAGAGCGUUCCUAUUGGCGCAGGACGCGUCACUCCUGAUGCUCAGCCUGCACGCGAAAAUUACACCAAUCAGGUCUGGACACUUUACCACUUGGCCAAUGAGACAGAGGAGGGCACACUGUCCGCUAAAGUUAUCUCCCAGCCUCCGUACAAUGGUAGUGCUUAUAUUCGCAACUUUGGGGCUGGACAUGUGUUACUGGCUGAGAGGUCCCCUUCCCCUCAGAAAUCUGACGCCCAGUCCUGGAGUGGCCAACCCAGACAACAGCCCCAGCCACCACCCUUCCAAAUGAGCCCAAGAAGGGCCUUCAUACACAGGGCACAGUCCUCCCCCCUACCUCCUCCUUCUGUACCCCAGCCUCCAACCAUCCACAACCAGGAGAUCAACAUCCCCAACUUCUUCAUGCAUCCCCAACUUCUUCCUGUGUCCCCAGGCAAGAUCGUUCGUAGCAUUCCGACCGCGAUGCAGACCAGGUCGAGGUCUGCUGCGGUCCGGGCAGGUGACUCCCCGGGGUACCUGUCAUUCUCUGUUCCCAUGGAGACAGUGAGCAGAGGAUCUGGUCAGGGCGGUCAGGCCCAGUUCUUUCAGGUCGUCAGUGAUGAAGGGAACACUGUUUACUCUCCUGCUCUCAUGCACAUUUUCACCACAGAGGAAGAGGAACAGGAAGGAGACAGGAGGCAGCCAACUAGUGCCACAUUUAAUUGGUAGGGGACCGUUUGGUACAGGGUUUCUCAAACUCGGUUUUUGCCUGAACACUACUAAGCUGAUUCAAAUAACCAACCAGUUUUGAUUAUUUGAAUCAGCUGUGCAGGGCAACACUGAGUUUGGGAAACCCUGGUCUAGUGAGUAUCA